AAACACCCAUCUUCCUCUUUGAACCACCGAAUUUACUGCCAAUAACUAUUCUCAGCUUCUCACCGUAGAAAAACUCUCUCGUCCUUUCUUCUGCCAAAAAUUAAGUACUUUUCUAUCUCUUCCCCGCAUAUAAAUCAAACCAGAACACACAUUUCGUUUAUCAAACUUGCUGUGAUAAUUAAACAACUAUGGAGUUUCCAAAACGUCACUCUUUAAUCUCUUUUCUUUUGUUUUUAUCUACUUUUAUUGUUCAACAUUUCGCCGCCGUGAAUUCCGUCGGAGUUAAUUAUGGCACCCUUGGAAACAACCUCCCGCCGCCAGCUCAAGUUGCACAGUUUCUCAAGGAGAAAACCACCAUCGACAGAGUCAAGCUAUUCGACGUGAACCCAGAUAUUCUCCUGGCAUUUGCAGGCACCGGAAUUUUCGUCGCCGUCACUGUUCCGAACGGAGAAAUCCCUAACCUCGUCAACAAGAAGUAUGCUCGCAGGUGGGUGGGUGACAACAUUAAACCAUUCUACCCACAAACUAAAAUCAACUACGUUCUUGUCGGAAAUGAAGUACUCCACUGGGGACCUCAAAAUCUGAUUGAUAAUCUAGUUGGAGCCAUGAGAAGUCUUCACAAUGCACUCAUCCGAUCUGGGAUUGAAGGUGUUAAUGUCACAACGGCUCAUGCUUUGAGUAUUCUUGAAUCUUCCGACCCGCCGAGUUUGGCCAAGUUUCGACCGGGUUGGGACAAGGGAGAUCUUGCUCCCAUCCUGCAAUUUUUACGGCAAACAAAAUCUCCGUUCAUGGUGAAUCCAUAUCCGUAUUUCGGAUACAGCCCAGAAAAAGCAGAUUUUGCACUCUUCAAACCAAACCCAGGUGUCACCGAUAAAUUCACAAAAAAAUUAUACACGAACAUGUUCGAUCAGUUAAUCGAUUCAGUUUACACUUCCAUGAAGAAAUUGGGCUAUGGCGAUGUGGAUAUUGCUGUAGGGGAGACUGGUUGGGCUUCUGCAGGGGAGACUUUUGAGCCAAAAUGUACUAUUCCAAAUGCAGCUUCUUACAAUGGGGGUUUGGUGAAGAAGUAUAAUCAAGGAGCUGGGACGCCAUUGUUGCCCGGAAGGAAGUUCGAAACCUAUAUUUUUGCACUUUUUAAUGAGAAUUUGAAGCCUGGUUCUUUGGCUGAGAGGAAUUUCGGUUUGUUCCAGCCAGAUUUUACGCCUGUUUAUGAUGUCGGAAUCAUGCGAGGAACCGCAGGUGUGCCUGAUCAGCCUGUCCCAACGCCCACACCAUCAGUUCCAACACCUCCGUCGCCCGUCCCAAAGCCACCAACGCAGGGCAACAAAAAAUGGUGCGUGCCGAAGGCAGAAGCCACCGACGCACAACUGCAAUCUAAUAUCGACUAUGUAUGCAGCCAAAGUGGUAUGGAUUGCGGGCCGAUUCAAGCAAAUGGUGCUUGUUUCAACCCUAACACAGUACGGGCUCACGCGUCUUACGCCAUGAAUUCUUGGUACCAAAGCAAGGGUCGAAAUAAUUUCGAUUGCGACUUUUCGGGCACCGGUGCCAUCACCUCUUCUGACCCAAGUAAUGGAUCAUGCUCAUUCCUCUCUUGAAUGGCAAUGAGCAAAAGAUAGUACAGUUAAUUUCAUUCAAUAAUUUAUUGUAAUGAUUAGUUAUUUAUCAAAAAUGGGGCAGAUAUUACCCAGUAUAGCUCAUUACUAAUUUUUUGGCGUAUAUUUACUUCUUGUUAAUAGAUUGGUAGAAGUAUUGUUCCGAUAGAUAACUCUUAUACAGAGUUCAUUAAUAUUCGAGCUCUAUCAGGAGCAAAAGAAUUUUUUUCUUUUUCUUUAUUGAACUUCCUUUUUGAGUUUUUCAAUUGAAUUUGAUUAUAAUUAAUAUCUAGUACUAGUGGUGUUAUGCUAUAACACUAGUUUAGGUAGUAUUAUGUAAUAAGUUUGACUAAAUGUGGAAUUAUGUUAUUCAUUUAA